AUGAACUCACUAGCCAUCGAAAGAUAUGGCAAGCCAGAGGAAUACAAUAAUCUAUCCCUCCCGAUUCCCAGAGUAACGGCUCCUGAUGACGUUCUCAUUCAAGUGCAAGCAGCCUCAAUCAACCCUGUCGACGUGCAGCUUGCAGCAGGGACCAUGAAGAUGAUCUGGUCAGAGCAGUUCCCAUACAAAAUCGGAUAUGACCUCUCUGGUACGGUCGUAUCAGUCGGUUCUGAAGUCCUCUCUUCUCGGCCUGAAUUGAAGAUCGGUGCCAAAGUAUACUCCCGCGUUCCACAACACCAUCGCGGAACAGCAUCCGAAUUUGCUCUUUCGUCCGCAUCAGCAACUGCACUCAAGCCCAGCUCCCUAUCCUAUAUUGAGGCCGCGUCAUUACCGCUGGUAUCCCUUACAGCCCUCCAAGCCCUCGACAGGGCCGAUAAGCAUAUCGAGGGUGGACUAAAGGGAAAAACAGUAUAUAUACCUGGAGCCCUGUCAGGAACUGGAAGCGUGGCGACACAGCUGGCCAAGAACGUGUUUGGCGCAGCCAAAGUCAUAACCACAGCUUCACCUUCUAAGAUCCCCAAGGUGGAAGAGAAGCUGGGCAAGGUUGUCAACCAGAUAAUAGAUUAUACCAAGGAAGACCCUGGCAAGAUCAUCACAGCAGGGUCAGUGGACUUCAUGUUCAACACUAUGGACUCGGCAAUGGCCUCGUUGCACCUGAUGAAAAAAGGAGGCAUUAUCGUCAGUGUCAGUGGUGCGCCAUUUGGCUCAGCCUUGAAGGGAAAAGCGCUUGGAAUCCCAAUUGCUUUUCGCUGGCUGCUCGAUGGUGCCAGUGCCUUUUCUCGAUAUCGUGCUAGGAGAUGUGGUGUCAAAUAUGUCUUUCAGUUCAUGAAUCCCAAUGCAGAAGAUCUGAACAGACUCACAAACUGGGUUGGCGAGGGAAGACUGAGGCCAGUGGUAGGUAGAGCUGCAAGCCUGGGUAAUAUACAAGACGUUAGGGAAGGUUGUCAGGAAGUUCUUGCCGGCAAAGGAGGGAUUGGAAAUACACAAACACCGAAUCUAUUGUCGCCGACUGGUUACCAAGGCCUUACAAUCAUGGGCACCUCUCAACCCCUCUCCGCACCUGCGGAGGGCAGUGAUAUGCUCGAUUUUGACCAGUACCACAUCAACCUGACCAUAACAGGGACAAAGAUUAACAAAUAUCCCGCAAAACAACACGCUCGCAAAGUCGCAUCCAAGCUGGGAGCCUCCCGCGGCCUUAUUUAUCUGACCGGUAAACCGACCGUGUUCCAUGACGACUCGGACCAAGCCGAGCCAUUUCGACAACGGCGUUACUUCUACUACCUAAGCGGUGCCAAUGAACCGGACUGUCACCUCACCUAUGAUAUCGCUAAAGAUAAGCUUACCUUGUACGUGCCGGAUUUCGAUUUGCGACAGGCAGUAUGGAUGGGUCCUACCGUUUCAAUUGAGGACGCGCUAGAGAAAUUUGACGUCGAUAAUGCGCGAUACGCGAUGUCCCUCCCCGACGAUAUUAGUACCUGGCUGCGACUGCGGAAAGACGACGCACAGAUUAUUAUUCUCCAUCCCGAGCAUCGACCGCCUAUUGAUUGUGCACAAGAAUUGCUGGAGACUCAGCGUCUGCUACCAGCAAUGAAUUCAAGCCGUGGGGUCAAAGACGCCCACGAGAUCGAACUAAUUAGGCAGGCAAACGUCGUCUCGGGACUCGCCCAUACGGCUAUAUUAGAAAAUAUCGGACAAAUGACAAACGAGAGCGACAUCGCAGCCCUCUUCCUCAAGACAAGUAUAACUCAUGGAGCACCAGAACAAGCAUACGGUAUUAUUGCUGCGUCGGGCGAGAAUAUUGCGACCCUUCACUACAUGAAAAACAACGAGGAUUUUGGCGACCGGCCCUUGGUUUGCCUGGACGCUGGCGCCGAGUUUGAAUGUUAUGCCUCAGACGUCACUCGCACUUUUCCCAUCAGCUGUACAGGUGAGUGGCCCACGCCAGAAGCGCGUGAUAUCUACCUUGCCGUGGAAAGAAUGCAAGAAGAGACGAUCCGAUUGGUCAAGCCCGGAGUGCGCUUUCGAGAUGUCCACACACAUGCCGCCCUCGUCGCAGUGGAGGAACUACUGAAACUGGGGGUUUUCAAGAAAGGCAGCUCUGUGAGCGAAAUUAUGCUGUCUGGCGCCGUGUCUGUCUUUUUUCCGCACGGACUAGGACAUCAUGUGGGAUUGGAGGUGCAUGACGUGUCCGAGCAUUCUGUCAUGGCGUCUGGGCUGAACCCGAGGAACCGGGGGAGCUUUCUGAUGCAAUCUUCAGAUGCCAUGUCGGCGGCAGCGCUUCUCGAGGAGAAUAUGAUCGUGACCGUCGAGCCUGGAAUUUACUUCAAUCGCCUGGCUCUGAAGAAUGCACGACAGUUGCCUAUUUCCAAAUUCAUCGACUUUGACGUAGUUGAGAAGUACUACGCCGUUGGUGGCGUGCGGAUUGAAGACGACAUUCUUGUCACGGCUGACGGCUACGAGAAUCUGACUACGGCGCCCAAGGGACAAGAGGCAUUGGACAUUGUUCGACGGAGCUCUGCUCAGAAUGGCUCAUGA